UUUCAGAAAAAGCUUAUAAUUUUAUUACAUAAUUUCAAAAUUUGUUAGUAUUUUAGUCAGUUUGUUUUAUGUUCUUUUUGCUACAGCCUGUUGGAGGUUGACCUAGUUAUAUUAAACUUGUCAUUAAAGAUAUAAACAACGAUAAACGUAUUGGAAUGACAUUAAGAUAUAAAUAAAAUAAAGCUAUUUAAAAAAAAAUUUUUUUCAUCCAAUGUAGAUUUUGAAAAUGAUAUUCAAAUGAAGGCUCGGUACAGAGAAAAUGAACACGUGUGGUACUUUCAGUUUAACAAGUCCUUCAGGAGCUAAGGGGUGUAUUUACACUACAAUUUGUUGAAUAUUAAAAUUACUGCAGGUCUACGUAGAAAAAUGUGAAUUAACAUGUUUGAUAUGAUGGAUCUAAAGAGAGACAAUAACACCAUGAAUACACCUUCUGGUAACCCUAACGAAAGAGCAGUUCCUUGGUGUUGUUGGGGUAGAGGUAUGCGUAGCCUUUCUCAGGCAGAAUUCAUAACACAGUGGACCCAUUUAUUACCUCGACCAUCAAAAGACGAGUAUGGAUCUGAAAGAGGAAGAGGUCGAGGAAGAAUUCCUGUUUCAGUGUGUGUGUGGCCAGUAAUGAGUUAUAAUACAGCGUAAUUGUUUUUCCAGAAUAUGGAAACUUAUAACAAGAGUCAUUCUUCCUUUGAAAACAUCCAUAUGUCAGGCAAUAAUGAAUCUAGGGAUGAUGGUGAUUUGAUAAGUAGCGUUAAAAAUCAUCUCAAUACUUUUGAAGAAAAAAAGCAAAGAUCUGUUCAAAAACAUUUACUUGGAAAGAGAUUUUGUCAUACAAAACCUCCACGCAUUGUCAAGUAUUCCACUGAGGUAGAAGAGACAGAUCUAAGUACGGACAGCUUUACAGGUUACCAAACUUCUCCUUCAAACAUAUCAGUCUGUAGUGUUUCAUUGAAGAAUGAGCCACGCUUGAAUGAUAUGGGUAAUGAAAAAGAAAUUGAACUUCCUUUCCGUUCUUCGUCACUUGGGUUUCAAAGUGAUAUCAAAGGAAAACAAGCAAUGGAGAAACAUAGUGAGAAAUCACGGUGUCCUGAGACAACUAAAAAUCCAUCUUACAGUAAACUCAGUGGCAUCUGUACCAGUGCAAAGGAAUCUAAUUUUAUCCAAUCAGAAGAAUUUGUUCUAAAACAUAAUCUUGAUGCGCCUCUUCAUUUGAGAAAAGAGAUUGAUACCACUCAAAAUCUGGAAAAGGAAUUUCAAUAUUUAAAUAUCAAAGCUUCCUCAAAAAGAAAAAAGAAAAAGGCUAAGAAAAAGAAAUCAACUAAUUGCGAGUUAACAACUAAAUCGUAUAGUAGUGUCCAGAGUAACGAAACUGAUUUAGCUGUUCAAGGUGUUCGAAAUACAACUUUAGGUAAUUCUAUACCAUUUGUAGAAAGAACUUUAGUAAUUGAAAACCUUCCAAUUGGUAUUAGUAAAUCCAGCUUGAUCGAUUAUUUUUGUGGCUUUGGAGAAGUUCAAGAUCUGAUCCUUCAAAAUGUGGACAACACGGAAAACAUUGCCUAUGUUGUAUUGUCACCAGAAACAAACACUGACUGGAUUAUUGAUUGUUUAAAUGAAAGCUCUGCUUUUGGAGGAAGCUCUACGACCAUACUGUGCCGAAGAAUUAGCUGUCAAGUAAAAUAAAGAUUCUGAUUAGUCUUGUGACAUCAUCUUCUCAAUUGUCUAUAAAAAAUAAAGUACUGAUAAUUAUGAUCUCAAAAAAAAAUUCCCAAAAUAACUUUUUUGAUUAGGCACUUGGGUUAUACUUUUUCUCACAUCAAACUAAUUGACUGAAGAUUGUAUGAAUGACCUGCAUCUUUAGUAAAUUAUAAGUCAACGAUGAUUAUUAGAUUAUUCAACUGUCUCUACAAGAGAAAUAUCAAAUGAGUAGAUGUAAAUUAAAAUAAUUAAUGUUGUUAAAAAGAGGUUUGUAAAAUAAUACAUUAAUUCAUAGUUUAAAAGGAAUUAUACUUUCCACCGCUCAACGUCAACAUUUAAUAGUCAGUCUUAGUACACUACCCUAGGAAAUAGUGUACCUAUGAAAGCAAAAAUACAUAAAUCAUAAAGUGUGUUUAGCAAGAAAAUUUUAUAUGAUAAGAACAGCUUAUGUUUCAGUGAACAUUUUGUAAUUUAUCGUCUUAAGAGUCCACACAUAUAACUGGAACCAUGAACCAGAUAAAAAGUUUUCUUUCAACACAAUUAUAUAAACAUAGAGUUUUAUUUUCUGGUUCUUUUGCAGAUAUGAUGCUGUUGAAUUAACGUGAAUGAAUUUAUUAAACGAAUGUGUGGUUUUAUGUGUUCUCACUUUUUUUAUGAAAUGUAUAAUGACUACAAAUGCAUUCCAACAUGGUGUAGUUCUUGAUGUGUUUUUUUUUAUUACACAGAAUGGUGAUAAAGAUUAUUUGUAUUAAAGUCUGUUGCUUGAUGUGACACUAUGGUGAUGUUAGUGGCAUCAUUUUAGGAUAAUCUGGUGUUAUCCUUUUUCAGUAUUAAUUCUUGCCAGGUUUGAAAGUUAGUAGAUCCCUUACAUGAACAUAUGUUUUUGUUCUAUGAACAAGUUUCUUAGAUUGGAGUAAGUUGCCAGGUGCUUGUAAGUUACUUCAUAUCUCAUGAAAAGGUCUUUAAAAUAACAUUUACAUCUUGUAGUUUUGUUAUUACAUAAAGUCGCCAGGUGCUUGUAAGUUACUUCAUAUCUCAUGAAAAGGUCUUUAAAAUAACAUUUACAUCUUGUAGUUUUGUUAUUACAUA